AUGGACCGCCUCGACCGCUCCUCGAAAUGCAGCCGCCUCACCCUGCUGCUGCGCAACCUGGCCAUCGCCAUGGUAGCCUACGUCGCCGUCGUCGAGGUGCUCUCCAUCUACCAGACAGGCUCCAUCUACCCACUCGCCAAGAAGCGCCGGCCCUCCAGCGACACACCAAAGGACAACGGCCCGCUCUCGGGCGGCGUCAACUGGCGCCUGCGGCCCCAAACGCUCGUCGCACACAUCAACGACGCCUACCUGGGCCCGCGGCCGCACGUCGACACAUUCGCAAACUACACCCGCCUCGUCGAGUCGUGCCGCGGCUCGCUCACGGGCCUGGAGAAGAUGAAGAACGUGCACGACUGCCUGCACUACCUGGCAUACGCGGAGAAGGACUACUUCUUCGCCCCGCAGGACCCGCCGUCCAGGGCCCUGCCAGCGUAUCCGGCGGUCGAGGCGGCGGCGCCGCACACGAAUGAGACGAUCGGCGAGUGCCCGGGCCCCGUGCAGCUGUUCCAUACCUACUGGACGGGCCCGGCCACGUGGCGGGUCGAGCUGUUCGUCAAGGCGUACCUGUACACGCAAAACAUCCCCUGCAGCCGCCUGUAUCUCUGGCUGGAAUCCGACGGGUUCCCGCACGCCGUGGAGGACAUGCUGGCCGACAAGAACUUUGCACGGUUCCUCCCGCUCGUCGAGCGCGGGGACAUCGUGCUCAAGGCGUGGAAGUUCCCCUCGCGCAUCCCGCUCCCGCGCGGCGCGGUCGAGGAGGACCCGGCAUACGUGGGCAGCAAACCCGUGCGCCGCACGAGCCCCGACGACCCAAAGACCGUGCGGAAGGAGGUGUACAUUGCCGACGGCGUCGUGCGCGACGAGGAGGACGGCAGCGAGUGGCUGGUGCUCACGGAGCGGCAGAUGACAUUUCUGCCCGUGGCCGUGUCGGACGCCGUGCGCUUCAUUGUGCUGCACCUGUACGGCGGCGCGUACUUCGACAUGGACGUCAUGCUGCUGCGCGACCUGCGGCCGCUGCUGCUGCCGCCCGACCACUCGUUUGCCGAGCGCUGGGCCGUGCACUCGCACCCGGGCGACUACAACACGGCCGUCAUGUCGCUGGCGCCCAACACGUCGCUGUCGUCGUAUCUGGUGCGCGGCGGGAUCCGCAUGGGGCUCAACUUCCACCCGCGCAUCAUUGGGCGCAUGGCCUGGAAGGAUGGAAGGAACGAGGAGUUUGUCAUGUUCGAGACGGGCCUGUUUGACCCCAUUUGGGGCGAGUUUAAUUGGGGCCGCGAGGGCCGCUGCGCGAUCCCGUGCUUUCGGGACUAUGGCGUGGCGUUCUUGGGCGGGAGGGGCGCUGUGAGGGAUGAGUGGGAGAGUUAUGAUGGGGCGCCGCUGGAGCUCGUGCAGGUGGGCGGGCCGACGGGGGAGUUGAGGAGGCGCGGGAAUGGGGAGCCGGCGUCGGCGCAGGAUGAGACGGAGGCGGUGAAGGCGGGGCAGGGGAAGCCGGGGCCGGAUGGGAAGUAUGGGGGCGCGCCGUAUGCGUUGAAGGAUGAUAAGUAUCCACCGAAUAAUCGCACGCUGGAGAACUUUUUUAGAGGCGCGUGGAGUUAUCAUAUCCAUAACCAGUGGUCAAAACACCCACAGCCAAACUCGUGGUUCGACGUGAUCCAGAAGGCGCACGACGGCUUCCUCAGCGGCGAGCGGACGAACCCGUAUGGCGAGAAAUGGACGGGGCCUGCGCUGCUGCCGUAUGAUAGGUGGCCGGAGUUUGACUGA